UCCGUCACUCCUCUGCAGACACCGGCUAAAUGUGGAGUGAGGGGCUUUAACAUCUGUCAUUUCCCCUUUAUAAACUUGUUUUUUUAUCGGUUCAUGACGGAUUUUGCUAUUUUAAUAUAUAUAUAUAUGUAUUAAACAAUUACCCCUAACGCAGUCGCAUUGAUUGUAUUUGUAGAAGGCCAGAUCUCUGUGUUUUAAGAUGAUCAAGAACGGUCACCACGCAACCAAGGAGUCCGGGAACGAAGUCGGGGCUGGUCCUGGGGGCACCGCCGGCAGCCCGGAGAAGAGGAAGCGGGUUGUCCGUGUGUGGUGUGACGGCUGCUAUGACAUGGUGCACUACGGCCACUCGAACCAGCUGCGCCAGGCCCGGGCCAUGGGCGAUCACCUCAUCGUCGGCGUUCACACGGACGAGGAAAUAGCCAAGCACAAGGGUCCUCCGGUGUUCACCCAGGCCGAGAGGUACAAGAUGGUGCGUGCCAUUAAGUGGGUGGACGAGAUUGUGGAGGGGGCCCCGUACGUCACCACUCUGGAGACCCUGGACAAGUACAACUGCGACUUCUGCGUCCAUGGGGAUGAUAUCACGCUAACUGUGGAUGGCAGAGACACAUAUGCAGAGGUUAAGACAUCAGGAAGAUACAGGGAAUGCAAGCGGACACAGGGCGUCUCCACCACGGAUCUGGUUGGCCGAAUGCUCCUCAUGACGAAGGCUCACCACAGCAACAUUGAUAAAUCAGAUUACCAGCAGCAUACGGACAACUUUGGAAAGGGCCCUACAAGCCGCAGUCCCUGGACAGGCGUAUCCCAGUUCCUGCAGACAUCCCAAAAAAUCAUCCAGUUUGCCUCUGGGAAGGAGCCGGAGCCCGGAGACACUAUCAUCUACGUGGCAGGAGCCUUCGACCUCUUCCAUAUCGGCCAUGUGGACUUCUUGGAGAGUGUUUAUAAGCAAUCGGAUAAGCCAUAUGUAAUUGUCGGGCUGCAUUUUGACCAGGAAGUGAACCGGUACAAAGGAAAGAACUACCCCAUAAUGAAUGUUCACGAGCGGACUCUCAGUGUGCUGGCCUGCAGGUACGUGUCGGAGGUUGUGAUCGGAGCUCCCUACGCUGUCACUGCAGACUUGCUGGAUCACUUCAAGAUUGACCUGGUGUGUCAUGGGAAAACUGAGGUGUUUCCAGAUAAGGACGGGUCUGAUCCGUAUGCUGAACCCAAGAAACGGGGCAUUUUCCAUACUGUUGACAGUGGAAACGACCUGACCACCGAUGACAUCGUUCAGAGGAUAAUUAAGAACAGGCUCCAGUUUGAGGCACGAAACCAGAAGAAGGAGGCCAAGGAAAUGGCAGUGAUACAGGCCAUGAAGAAACGAGAGGAGGAGAAAACCAAACAGGAGCAGGACCAGACUCUGCCACAGGACGAGCAGGAGAACUGAGCUGUCUGGAAAACACCGGGGGGAGGGGGGGGCUGUGCUUUCUGCACAACACAUAAUACAGUUGCUGGCAUCAGCUGGUCUGUGUUUAACCUCAGCAGUAGUGGCAACAGGGGGUUGACCAACCUGCACACAACACUUCUUGUUAACUUCUUGUUGUCAUGGUUAUUUGCCCCAUCUCUUUCUUCAUUCAGCAAGGUGUCAGUGAGCCGGUUGUAUUUAUUCCUUAAUGCAUUCUAUUCUUCCCUGGGAUUCCUGGUCUUUAUGAAAUCCUUUUGCCAGAAAGAUUAGUCAAGGUCAUUUCUAUUAAGAAGUUCCAUUUAAAAAGUUAAAAGUUAACUCAAACUUAAAAUUAAUUACAGGAAACACCUGUUGUGAAAUCCAGCUCUCAGUACAGGAAUAGAUUUAACAAAGCGCUACAGCUGAAAAUAUGGAAUAAAUUCACGAUAACUGAGCUUUCUGAUUACUUCUAAAAUAUUCUGUAGUCUAAAGAGAAGUAAUAGACAAAAUUAAGUGACUAUUUUAAAAGGCACUCCUUAAGGAUGGCUUAAUAUUUUACAUUUUAAUAAUUUAUUAUGUUUUUAAUGGGGGAGAAUAUGGCAGAUGUUUUAAGUGAUAUGAGCCCAGACCAUGGGCCAUACUUAUAAAAACAGCACCUUUUUACGUUUAUGGAAAAUAAAUCUGAGAUUUUAUUCAUCUUGUUGACCAAUCGCCAUUGAAUGCAUUUAACGUUUGGCCCGUCCUGACUUUGCACUAUAAUAUUUUUCAAAACUGGAUAAGCAUGUCAUAAUUUAAAUUUUUCUCCAAGCUCAGUUCAAUUCAAAAUUCCUUAUUCAUUCAUUCAAGUGAGGAGGUAACUUUCAUUAAAAUACUCACUGGAUCCCUGGGUGGGCUCAAACCACCAACCUUUCAGUUAACAGCCAAAAGCGCUAAGCGAUUUGGGCCACAGAGACUCUGGUAAAUGAUCCAGUUCCUCUCUCUAUAAUACUACAGUAUAUGUAUAAUAUCAAUACGUCCUGAUCUGAUCUUCAGCCGAGAUCUACUUGUAUGACGCUUAUAAAAUUAUUUGAUUUUGUUGGAUGGUAUAAAGGGGCAGCAAUCCCAAAGUAUGGGGGGCAAGACCACUUUGUACAAAAAGGUUUCAGAUAUUGCAGAAGCAAGAAAUGCAACCUUUACGUCAUCUAACAGGUCGACUGGAUGAUAUAGAGAAUUAAACACUACUUAUUUAUAGCAGCCUGUGUGAGGGUGUUUUGCCAUAGUGAAUAGAGAAACUGCUUUAUCCUCAGCUUGUACAGUUUUUUUUAAAUUGUAAUUGUUAAUUUAUAUGACACUGUACAAAUUAAAAUAGUUCUGGAACUCGAUGCUAAUUUGAAUGUUGAUAAUGCCGGAGUGGUUUUCUUUAGUGCAAUAGUAAUAAUGGUUACACUUUGAAGAGACGAAACUUCAUUAUUGCGCGGCUGAAAGUGAUGAGAGAUUUUUCCCUGCGCGCAAGCAUUUUAAUGUCCUCUACCCUUGUACGUGUUUUGCUUUAACACUUUUGAGGUCACUAUUAAGUCAUCCUGUUUUUAUGCCUAUGUUUAGUCACUGCUUUCGUUAUAGUAGACUCAUUCUGUUAUGUCAAGUACAGUAUUGUGGAUGAGCAAUCUGAGAGUCUGGGUGUGCUGAGAAAGCGUUAAUUGCGUUGAUGCCUUGGGUGAGAAAUACUCAUCGUCAGUGUUUAUUCACCCUGAGUCCUCAAAAGGGAUUGCCUUACCUUCUCCAGUCCUGUUGUGUCAAAGGAACAGCUGUGGACAAGAAGCAGGGAAUUGUCUUCCCAGUCCGUUCUUGUUGUCCGUUUCUGUUUUUCCUUUUGAACACGAUGGCGGCGCACUCGCAGUUUGUCUUUUAAUAAUCUGUGCUCUGUAACGUUGUCUUCCGUUUUCCUCACUAAGUGGCACCGUUUAUAUCAGAACGAUGGUGGUAAAACUGGAAAUAAAAUCGGCAUUUCCUGUUACCUUUGGUCAGCUGGA